AUGGGGUUGGCAGUUGUCACAAGAAGUUUCUGUUUCAUUUUCCCCAUCAUCUUUCUCGUGAAGCAGCUGAAGUUCUGCAGAACCAACCGCUUGCCUCACACCUUUUGUCGGUACAUGACCAUUGCCCGGCUGGCCUGCGACGACAUCACAGUCAAUUUCUGGUAUGGAAUAGCUAUGGCUAUUUUAGUAAUUGGUUUGGAUGCUGUGCUCAUUGUUUUGUCUUAUGGGCUGAUCCUCAGAGCUGUCUUCUGGCUCCCCUCCAAGGACGCCCGGCUCAAGGCUCUCCACACCUGCGGAUCCCACCUCUGUGUCAUACUGAUGUUCUAUAUCCCAGCCUUUUUCUCCUUUUUUGCACACCGAUUUGGGCACAUCAUCCCAGGUUAUAUUCUCAACUUCCUGGCCAACCUCUAUGUGCUCAUUCCUCCCAUGUUAAACCCCAUUGUUUAUGGGGUGACAACAAAAGAGAUCCUGAAACGGGUGAUCAAUAUGUUUCAUCGGUGGUGCAGGAGAAGCUCCCUGCUGAGCUAA